GCCAGGCCCUGCUUAUGAAAGUUUGCAAGUUUAAUUGGGAUUUUAUCAGCCGAAAAAUUACAUUUUAAAAGAAAAUGAAUGCCACCCAAAGAGUUAAAUAUGUAGUUAGGGAAAAUAUUCCAUAUAGGCUACUAUCUUUUUUAAAUAAAUUCAAUUAUCCAUUUUAUCUUAAAUACAUUAUUAAGAUCUAAAUGUAAGACUUCAAGGCCACCAAAGGCUCUAUUAUUAUUUAGACUAUUUUUCUGUAAAUAUUUUCUUCCCCCAAAAUAAAAUCAUAAAGAAUCCUAUCUAAUUCCUUGAUAACAUUGUUUGUAACAUGCUGACAUAGAUAUAUAAACAGACCUUGAGAUCUCUUCUGCUUUUGAAAGCAGAACACAUCCAUUUAGGGACAGAUCUCACAGCCACAUAUUAAAUCUAUUUUUAUUUUUCUCAAUAAUAGACUUUAACAGGCUUCUUUGAUACAAAUCUUUACAUACUAUUAUCCCAAGCUAUUUGACAUCAUCUUUAAUUGGUAUCCCACAAAUUUCUUUCAAGACACAAUCUUUAAAAGAAAAUAAAGUGGACUUAUUCAUCAUUAAUUUAUGAGCUUCCAGAAAAUGUUUCAAUACAAUAAUAACUUCAUAAAACUAUUUUUGACAAAAAUUGUGGCAUCGUCUGCUAGUUGACUGAGUUUAAUCUCUUUCCCAAACACUGAUAUUCCUUGAAAACUUGCUUUUUUGAUAUGCGCAGCCAUGACCUGAUAAAUGACGUUCUUUUCACUCCAUCAGCCAACAGUAGGUGGCGGUAAGCACCAAUGAAGUUGUUUCGCGACCCGCCAUAAACUCUAGAAGAAGAAGAACUAUCACGUGACCUGUUUACUCGCUUUGACCAAAUGACUGUAACGUUCAUGACAAACUUCUAAGUUAAGAGAAUAUAAGCAAGAGGUGCUCCCAUUCAUCAAUGAAUAAACCUCAGCAUAAAUUAUUAUUUUUAAAAGGAGAAACGGUCUGCUUAUAUUUGACAUUGCUAUCUGGCAGCUUGUGGCCAAGCAUCCUGACUUCAUCGAUAUGAAAGCUGGGAUUAUAAAGCAGGAUCUUGAUUACGGACAAAUUCAAUUCAUCAGGCCUGAUGUCUCAAGAGUUUUUGGUUGGAGUUCCAGGUUCCGAUUCCAGCAGAAAAGAGCCUACUCUUACCAAAAUGUGUCCAGAAACCUUGUUACUAAGCCCAGCGGAGGAGUCAGUAGGGCGAUUUUGCCGUAGAAUGACAUAUAAAAACAAAUGUAUUAUUGUGUCAGAUCAUGAAAGCUCUUCAAAUCCUGCUUGUAAACUCUCAAUCUCUCAGCCAUCCAACAGCAGUGAGACACAUCAAGAGAAAUACAGCUGUAAGAUUUGUGGCAUAGAGUAUUGCCGCAAAGGAAACCUGGUGUCUCACAUGCGAAAACACACAGGUGAAACUCCAUAUGACUGUAAACUGUGUGGUAAGUUGUUCCGGCGUUCAGACUACCUAAACUUGCACAUUAAAGUCCACAUGGGUGAGCAGCAAAAGAGGACCAAGCGCUUUGUUUGUGAACAGUGCGGGAUGAAGUUUGUUACAUCCAGUUUACUUCAAAGUCACAUGUGGAAACACAGCGGUGAAAGGCCGUAUGCCUGCUCACUUUGUGAGAAAACAUUUUUCAGUAAAGUCUUUCUUAAAAGACACAUGAAUGAUUGUCAUUUAGAAGAGAGAGCUUUUAUUUGUUCUUUGUGUGGACACAGCUUCAAACGCGUGCAUACGCUUCGCAAACACAUGCGAAUUCACACCGGAGAGAAACCUUAUUCGUGUUCACAGUGUGGAAAAACAUUUACUUAUAAAUACUCACUGAUUUUGCACAAUAAACAUCACUCGUGCAAAGUGUGAUGCACAUUUAUGCUUGAUUUCUUUUUCUGAAUCUUAUUUCAUCUGUACAAUGCCAAUAAAGAGACCUUACUUUUAUUAAAGGUUUUAUUUAUCUGUGUCACACCAAAUCUCAUUUUUGGCAAAACUUUUUCUGUUUCUUUUAAAGAAAACUACCUGAGGUUUCACAAACAGAGUCAUUAUUUCUGCUAUUUUGAGGUAGGAUGGAAAAAUAAAUCUUGUGUUUAAAGUAGCUUAAAACUAUUUGGGGAAAUAG